AUGGGAUCAAUGGCGGAAUUGAAGCUCCCAGUCAUAGACUUCUCGAGCCGCGCGCAGCUCGAGUGGACUGCUGUGAGGGAUGAAGUGAAGCGGGCGCUAGAAACUUACGGUUGCUUCGAAACCCGGUUCGAGAAGGUGCCCGUUGAACUGCAAAAGUCAACGCUUGGCCCUGCCCAAGAUCUAUUCGACUUGCCCUUGCAGACCAAGCUCCGGAGUAUAUCGACGAAGCCCUACCACCGCUAUUUCGGGCAGUGCCCCACGGUCCCGCUCUUCAAGAGCAUGGGGAUCGACAAUGCCGACAUGUACGAGAAGGUGGAUCGCUUUACCACUGCCAUAUGGCCCAAGGGACAUCCGAAUUUUAGCAAAACCAUGCAAGCGUUCUCGGAGAAGCUAUCGGAGGUGGAUAAGACGACAAGGAGGAUGAUCUCGGAGAGCCUUGGCGUCGAGAAAUACUUGGACGAACACAUCAACUCCAGCAACUACCUUGUUCGUCUCUUGAAGUACGCAGUGCCUCAAGCCACUGACACUAAGCUCGGCCUCACCUCUCACACGGACAAGAACUUCCUCACCAUCUUGGGUCAGAUUGAAGCCGAUGGCCUCCAAGUCCAGAGCAAAGACGGCGAGUGGUUCAACGUUCAGCCCUCGAUGAACUCUUUCAUCGUCAUGAUAGGAGACUCGCUCCACGCGUGGGUAAAUGGUAGAUUACACUCUCUGCACCACCGAGUCAUGAUGAGCGGGAACAAGGCAAGGUACUCGGUCGGACUUUUCACGGUGCCAAAGUGCGGGUACAUAAUAAAAGCACCCGACGAAUUGGUGGAUGAAGAGCAUCCCGUGCUCUUUAAGCCCUUCGAUCAUGGGGAAUUAUUGAAGUUCUACUACACUGAAGCUGGACAAAGAGCUGAAUCUGUCCUCAAAACUUAUUGUGGUGUUUGA